GCGGGCUGCGGGGAGAUGUGGGGAGGGCCCCCUCCACUUUGGAGGGCAGUGAAGGAGAGGGAUCCUCUAAAUUGUUGAGGCUCCAUCUCUCCAGAUUGUAUGCCCUUCUCAGCAACACCGCCUCUGGCCCUCCGAUGGGAAAGUGGAGGCCGGGACAAGGGCACACAACUGGUUCCAUUAAGCCCCUCUCUCCCUCAGACGCCAUGGAGCUGGAUCUGUCUCCACCUCAUCUUGGCAGCUCUCCAGAAGACCUUUGCCCAGCCCCUGGGACCCCUCCUGGGACUCCCCAGCCCCCUGAUACCCCUCUGCCUGAGGAGGUAAAGAGGUCCCAGCCUCUCCUCAUCCCAACCACCGGCAGGAAACUUCGAGAGGAGGAGCGGCGUGCCACCUCCCUCCCCUCUAUCCCCAACCCCUUCCCUGAGCUCUGCAGUCCUCCCUCACAGAGCCCGAUUCUCGGGGGCCCCUCCAGUGCAAGGGGGCUGCUCCCCCGCGAUGCCAGCCGCCCCCAUGUAGUAAAGGUGUACAGUGAGGAUGGGGCCUGCAGGUCUGUGGAGGUGGCGGCAGGUGCCACAGCUCGCCACGUGUGUGAAAUGCUGGUGCAGCGAGCUCACGCCCUGAGCGACGAGACCUGGGGGCUGGUGGAGUGCCACCCCCACCUAGCACUGGAGCGGGGUUUGGAGGACCACGAGUCCGUAGUGGAAGUGCAGGCUGCCUGGCCCGUGGGCGGAGAUAGCCGCUUCAUCUUCCGGAAAAACUUCGCCAAGUACGAACUGUUCAAGAGCUCCCCACACUCCCUGUUCCCAGAAAAAAUGGUCUCCAGCUGUCUCGAUGCACACACUGGUAUAUCCCAGGAAGACCUCAUCCAGAACUUCCUGAAUGCUGGCAGCUUUCCUGAGAUCCAGGGCUUUCUGCAGCUGCGGGGUUCAGGACGGAAGCUUUGGAAACGCUUUUUCUGCUUCUUGCGCCGAUCUGGCCUCUAUUACUCCACCAAGGGCACCUCUAAGGAUCCGAGGCACCUGCAGUACGUGGCAGAUGUGAACGAGUCCAACGUGUACGUGGUGACGCAGGGCCGCAAGCUCUAUGGGAUGCCCACCGACUUCGGUUUCUGUGUCAAGCCCAACAAGCUUCGAAAUGGCCACAAGGGGCUUCGGAUCUUCUGCAGUGAAGACGAGCAGAGCCGCACCUGCUGGCUGGCUGCCUUCCGCCUCUUCAAGUACGGGGUGCAGCUGUACAAGAAUUACCAGCAGGCACAGUCUCGCCAUCUGCAUCCAUCUUGUUUGGGCUCCCCACCCUUGAGAAGUGUCUCAGAUAAUACCCUGGUGGCCAUGGACUUCUCUGGCCAUGCUGGGCGUGUCAUCGAGAACCCCCGGGAGGCUCUGAGUGUGGCCCUGGAGGAGGCCCAGGCCUGGAGGAAGAAGACAAACCACCGCCUCAGCCUGCCCACACCGGCCUCCGGCACGAGCCUCAGUGCAGCCAUCCACCGAACCCAACUCUGGUUCCACGGGCGCAUUUCCCGUGAGGAGAGCCAGCGACUUAUUGGACAGCAGGGCUUGGUAGACGGCCUGUUCCUGGUCCGGGAGAGUCAGCGGAACCCCCAGGGCUUUGUCCUCUCUCUGUGCCACCUGCAGAAAGUGAAGCAUUAUCUCAUCCUGCCGAGCGAGGAGGAGGGCCGCCUGUACUUCAGCAUGGAUGAUGGCCAGACCCGCUUCACUGACCUGCUGCAGCUCGUGGAGUUCCACCAGCUGAACCGUGGCAUCCUGCCGUGCUUGCUGCGCCAUUGCUGCACGCGGGUGGCCCUCUGACCCGGCCAUGGACUGGCUCAUGCCUCAGCCCACCUUCAGGCUGCCCGCCGCCCCUCUACCCAUCCAGUGGACUCUGGGGCGCGGCAGCGGGGGACGGGAUGAGGAGCGAGAGGGUCCUGCCACUCCAGUUUUCUCCUCUGCUUCUUUGCCUCCCUCACAUAGAAAACAGCCCGCAUUACAGUCCACUCCUGACCCCUCUCCUCAAGGGAAGGCCUAGGGUGGCCCCCUCUCCUUCUCCUAGCUCCGGAGGUGCUGUUCUAGGGCAGGGCAUUAUGGGAGAAGUGGGGGCAGCCCAGGCGGUUUCACGCCCCACACUUUGUACAGACUGAGAGGCCAGUUGAUCUGCUCUGUUUUAUACUAGUGACAAUAAAGAUUAUUUUUUGAUAUA